GUUUCUCGUCCGUUCUACUGAAUUUACCAUAAGUAUGUGUUCAGGAUUGGAAUAGAGCACAGUCAUGAGAUUCGGUGAACGAUAUACAACGAGCGAGAUGGACGAGUACGACAAGAAAUUCGCUGAGAUGCAAAAGUACAUUCCAUUUUUGGAAGCGAUGAUAGAGCGGUUGCAAAACGUUAAGGACAAAUCGCGCGAAGUACAGCUUCAGAAAAUGCAAAGCCUACACGGAAUCCUAUCGAACAGCAAGAGAAAGCUGAAGAUCGAGACACUACAGCGAUGCGAAGACGUACUACAGAAGUUGCACAACAAAGUAGAAAAGUUUCAGGGAAAUACACCUGGACUGCAUUUUCCGCACAAGAGGAAUGAUGCGAGCUCCGCACAAGCUUCGACCGUGGCAGAGGAUGCAAGAUCCUACGUAGAAGAAGUCAUGGAGGAUUCAAGGGAGAUCCAUGAGACUCCUGCCAGUCCGAGUCCUCCUGUCAGCCCAGACUCAUGCUCUCAAGUGGCGCCUAUAAUAAUCCCUACAGAGCGUAGUCUGGACUUUGACGACAAGCCAGACAGCAAACCAGCCUCACCAGAUCCCAUCGACACUCUGCCAACGAAAGCACCCAUCAUUAUCCCUACAGAAAGGACGAGCAAUGAUCUCAGCCCGUCCCCUACGUCUCAACGUAACUCCUGUAAAGAUGAUGUGUCGUUCACCGAAUGGGAGAUGCUUGAGGAGAACGAGAGCCAGCUGUCGAGGAACAAGAACUGGCAAACGAUCGUUACUUCCGGCCAUGAUGUAGUAGCUGGCACUGCGAAGAUGGUCGGGAGUAAUCUGGCUCAGAAGGUGAACGACGGGAGAGCUCAUGUGCCCAUAUCGAUACACUCCUCAUCUCGACACGUACCCACGGUUCCGGUUCCCUCUCUGGGUGGUUCCAGGAGGUUGUCGUCGAUUCUGGAAAAGAAUCGGUUGAUGGGAGUGGGCCUAGAUCAAGUUCCAGUGGACGCGAGGCCAGAGUCGCCGAUGAACGUCUCUGAAGCAAGGCUGAAAUCCCCAGACACGGAUCUUCUGUUCCCCAAACACGGUAAGAACGUCUCACCUAGGCUAAAGGAUACGAGGCCAGGUUCGAAACCUUCGGCACCGUUGUUACUCUCUCCACCGCCGGUGUCGACGGAACCGCCGCUGUCCAUGGAAGACCUGGCGGAAUUAUUGAACGAGGAGAGUGACAGCAGGGCGGAGAAGAAGGGUGACAGAUUAAGGGAGGAGCUGGCGGUGAAGUUCAAGAAAGAUAAACAGGAUACAUUGAAUGCAUUAGGUGGAAGUGGCAAGGACAUGAAGUCGUCCAAGCCAUUCAUGUUGACGCAAGAGGACAUCGACAGCGAGAGCGAAAGGCGUUGGGAGGAGUUCGACAAGCACAUAGUCAAGAUGACCGGUAGGAAGUGUCUACCUAGUGGUUUGAGUACCACGUUAAUUACCAAAGCAGAGGCUCUGAAACCUGGUGAAACCAAGGGACCACCUCAGGGAAUCUUGGGUCAUGGUUCAAACCAGUUCACAGCCAACAUACCUGUUGACAAUAGGAAUCGACCGCCUUCACCUGGUUCUAAGAUAGAACCACGUUUCGCUGACAAUUAUGAGCGACAUCCACGUCAGAUGCGUGACAUUCACGGCCACGAUAAGGAUAAAGCCAACAUACACGUUAUGCACUGUCGACCUGAUGAUGAUAUGUCCAAUCCAGUCCCCAUGCAUCAUGGAGGCCUGAUUAAAUCCGAUGACAGAAAUGCUAUGCUGUAUCAGAGGCGUCAGGGGAACAUGGGCCCAGAAAUGGUACCACCUAGAAUAGACACAGAUUUCAGAAUGGAGGGUACAGAGUAUUUCAACAGACAAGUGUCUAACCAAGGUCACUGGUCCGCUAUGAACGAUUUUUGCAACAACCAAUGGCCGCCUCCGCCCUCAAAUUUCAGUGGUAUGCCCAACUCCCCUGCUCAAACGCCUUAUCAACACCCCAUGGGAAUGCACCAGGAAAUGUGGAACGUGGGUUCGAACAGAGAACCCAUUCACAUGGAUCCUCAUCAAAUGAACGAGGGCCAGCUCAGGCCCAAUCAAUUCCCCCCAAGCAUGAAUACAGGUAUCAGGCCUCUGAUGAGUCCAAACACGAGGCCUCAAGAUAUAAAUCAUAUCCCACGACCAGACGAUAUGUCUAAUGUAGAUGUACCCAAUGUUCCAACAAUACAGCCUUUGAUAUCACCCACGAGAUUUCCUGUUGGACCACAGUAUAGAAAUUUCCAGGGUGAGAACAGGCCCUAUGACCCGCCUUUUGACAGGGGAAUGGAAUAUCCUCAUCAGAGGCAGCCUUGGGACUCUCCAGCCAAUAGACCCAACGAUAUGCCCUAUAGGGCAGAGAACGAAGUUCCUUGUGGCGUAAUGGGGCCGUCAGAAGGCCCUUCAGGGCCGUUUCCAAGAUCCAGCACCCCUUGUCCUUGGAAUAGGGACAGAGAUCGCGGAGGAGGUAGAGGACGCGCUGGAUAUUACAAUGAGAGGAAUAGGGGAGAACCAAGAAGCAAUUUCAACCGUGACACACGCAGGCCUGAGUGGGCCAGGGAUAACCAUAACGAGUGGGACAAUUGUAAUCGCUUCAGGGACGCAAGAAACAUAUCUGACCGUGAUCCUCGGGUACGCAUGGAGCAUAAUAUGAUGAAUCAGAGUCCUAACCAAUCGAGAGAUAAUGGCACCUCGGUCAGAGAUCCUCGUUUGGCCAAGGACAAGCAUUUCUCCAUUGGUAAGGGUAAGGAUAACAGUUUCAAUGAGAGGGAUCCCAGGAAACGCUCCACGGGGCCGCCAUUCUUGAUGUCAUCGUUUAGGAAGGCUAAGGAGAAAACGAAGUCUCCUCCAAAGCCCGCUGAGGGCCACAGACGUUCGGAUGUUGAAGGUAGUAGUAAGCAGUCACAAGAGAAGACGGCAAAGGAUAAGAUGCAAUCACCUCUUGAAAGUCUAUACGGAGUUAUCGACACGAAAGCGAAGUCCGCGCAAGGUUAUUGCCUGCAGAAUUUCAAGAUUCCUAAAAUAAAGCGUAACGAGUCGUCUGAGUCACCUACGUCCAGUAGUAUCACUGAGGAGAUCAAAGAGUGUUCUUUGGAGAAGCAGGAAGUAAAACAGACUAUUAAAAGGGACAAGGAUGACAUCAGUGCGGAAGUGAGCAGUAGCAGUGAUGGAAAUUUUCUCCUAGAGGAUUGGGGUCAGGGUAGCAUUGUACCUGAGAAGAAGGAGGAGCUGAAAGAGGAGAACGUAAAGGAGGAGAAUACUCUGACGGUUCCUGUGGAGGAUAAAACCGAUUUGAAUACUAGCGAAUUAGAUCCUACUGGUAAUGAUUCCUCCAAAUUAUCUGAAACUAUUGAGAAACCUACUAAAAAAGGAGAGAUGGAGCCUGAAGGAUCGAAGUCGAAGGAUGAAGUUACCCAGGAAUGGAUAGAGGCUUUGAUUAGAAAAUCCUUCGAGUUUGGUGAAGGAAAGAAGUUUGUUGAACAGGCGAAAUUUAUGCAGAAGUUGGGUGAAGUAUUGCAGGCGAAGAAACUGAAGAAGAUCAAGAAGAUCAUCGAGUCUGAGUCAGAGAGUAGCAGUUCAGAUAAGGAUGAUUCUCUUGAGACGAAAAAGGUUCACACGAGGAAAAAGCGGCGAGUGAUUGUUUCAGAUAGUUCUGAUGAAGAGUCUCUUGCUGAAAGGUUGGGCAUUUUGAACGCAACAAGCAAGAAAGAGAAUCAGGAUGCUUCAAUGGAUGAUCAGAAGGAGGUACCAAAUAAGAGUAUCAAAGACGUGAUUCCUAGUAUUGAGACUUCUGAGCUUCAGGCUUCUAAAGAAGAUAUUAAAGAAGAUACCACUAAAGAAAAUAAUGUCCCUGAAGAAAAUCAGAGUUAUGUUCAAGAGGUGGAGGAAUCAAAGGAUCAGGAUGCAACAAGUAUAAAGAAGGUGAAAGAAGAUUCAAUAGAUUCUAAGGAGGUAGUUAAGGAUGAGUCUACUGAGGAUAAGGAGAGUACUUCAAAAAUACCAAAAACUAAAGCAAAAAGGAGGAAUUCUCUGGAGAUGUUGCAACAAGAUAUCAAGGAGAUGUUCAUCAGUGAUGGCGUCGUGGCAGCCACUGGUCAUCGACUGUGUCGAAGUCAGAAAGAAAAUCAAAACACUACUGCUGCGAGUACUUUUACUCAAAGUACGCCUACGACGAAGAAAGAUGAAUCAGCUAAGCAAGGCGUGGAUUCUGAUGCAGAGGAUGCGUUGACGCCUUCGUCCAAGCAAAAGAAAUUUGGCAAAUCACGUACCUUGGAAGACUCAGGUAAAUUAAAAGGCAAAUCAAAGAAAGAGGUGCAACGAAUAACUCGACAGCGUUCGAAACAGUAUAACCAGAGCUCAGAUAGUGAAGAAGACCAGCCAUUGGCUCUGCGAACAGAACUGAUUCAGAAUACCAGUUCUUUGUCCAACCAGGAACCUUCUAAUGAAGAAUCUGAGGUUCUAAGGAGGAGCAAACGAAUAAUUAACAAGGAAUCAAUAAAAGAACCACGUGUGGUUGUUGAGAAGACAGAUAUUUCUAAAUUGGAUUGUGGCAAAAUAAUGUUUGACAGCUCAUCUGAUGAGAGCUUUGGCAUAGAUGUAUCUGAGCUGGCUGCAGCUGUGGACAUUUCAUUACAUCCAGACAAGCAGCCUGAACCUAAGCCUGAGACAACAGAACCAACAGAGCCAACAGAGAAGAAGAAACACAGUCAAACCUCUUCUAGAAAAUCCACAAGAAAGAAGACAACAGAAUUGACAACUGAUAAUAAAGAUGACGUUCAAUUUUCAGAUGAGGAAAGUAUCACUUCUGACAUUUCUAUGACUAGUAGUGUAGCAUCUGGGAAGAAGACUGGUAUCAGUGUAACCAGACUGGAAGCUACUAGUAAUGAGGAAUUGUUGAGUAACAUUUUAGUGGGAUUAGUGUCAUCAAAGAAUGAUGGAGACAAAGAUUCGUCUAUAGCGGAUAAGGGAAGUGAUGUUGAUGUUGAUGAUGAAAUUAAUGACCAAUUACCAAGUGAACUAAACACAAGAAAGUCUUCUUUAGCAAAGAAAAAAAAGAAAAAAUGCAACUGGCAGAUGGGGAUUCUGUCCAAAAAGAAGAAGAAGAAGUCUGCUACAGCUUCUUCUCCUAAAUGUGACUUUGAUCUUCUGAACACCAGUUCUGAGAGCAUGGAUAUUUCUACCAAAACAGAAGGUUCAUCAAUUUUACAGCAUACAGCAAACAAAGAGAGUCAUUCAUCAAACAACAUGGCUGAGAAUGUUCCUGAGAAACUGGAGGACUCUGUUAAAAACACUGAUAGCAAUCAGCCAGUUCCUGAUGAUAAUGGAAAGGAUCAAAAGAUAAAGGAAUCGUCGACGCCGUGCGUUUCUACAGAGAAAAAAGAAUCUUUGUCUAAAACUUUUGUCGACGAGAAAACAUCAGAAGUUAAAGAUGGCAAAGGCAAGGAUAAAUCAGUCAGCAAUGAUGACAAGAAGAGUAAAGAAGAGCUGGAUAAAGCUUUUUACGACUUGGAUAUAAACAAAUUAAUAGAUUAUGCGUGGACGGGGCAGGAAAGGUACAAAUGUUUGCUUUGCUUCUUCACAGGCAAAAAUAUUGUUCACCAUUACAAACUGAGCCAUCCUGGAAAGGAGAUUCUCAUCUCUAGGUUCAAGGCUUCAGACGCUGACUCAGCUGUUCAAGAUGCCAAAGAUGAUGACGUAGAGAAUACAUCAUCCAAACCUCUUAUGAAAGAAAUUUGUAAAUUUCGUUGCAGAUUCUGUUCUUUGUUCACUGAAGGCACUGCAGCAGAUACCAUGGAGGCAUUCUACGAACAUUGUACAACGCAUACUGGAGAAUACAGGUUUCGUUGCAACAGUUGUCCUUACCAGGCUGUGGCCAAGUCCUCUAUGAGGACUCAUUACUACAAAGUGUGUCGCAAAUUCAAAGACACGUUUAACGAAGCCAUAACUGAAGACGAAAUACCUAAAGAAAAUGGUAUUUACGGUUAUUUGUGUUCAAACUGUAAUUACGUUCAAUUAAAGAAGUUCAACGUAGAGGAACAUAUCAAUAUAUGGCAUAAAGAUGAUACAAGCGUUAUUAUCAUAAAGAUAAACAUGUCUCUAGAUUCUGUUAAAGAGGACUCUAACGAUCAAGUUUCUGUACCAGAUGAAAACAUGAAGUUGGAACUGUCUCAAUUGAGCUCAGAGAAGGCAGAGACAUCAGUAAACGAGACGGCGACUUCUGUUGAACAGGAAGACAAUGAAGUGACUGAAGUGGAAAUGGUGAAGGACGGUAAAACCACUGAUAACGAGGAUAAGAGUCCAAAAGAUGUAACAGAGGCUAAACCGCAGGAAGAGGAUCAUUCUGACCCUCGGACAGUUCACGAGGAUAAGAGCAAAUCACCGCAAACAGAUACAGAUUCGAGUUUACCAUCGGGAAAUCUGAGCGUGUUCGUUUGUCCGCCAGAAUUGGAAAAGAAAGAAGUGGAAAUUCAACUGGAACGAAAGAAGAAGAUGCAAGAGAUCAUUCAAAAUAUUGGCAUCAGAUUACAAAAGAGUGUAUCCAAGAAGGGGUUGUCCAUCAUAGAUAAGCUGAAGGACAAAAUGAGAACUAACUUAAUGGUAGUAAGCAACGAAAUUGACUUCAACACGGUUCUAAAUUCUCCCAGCAAAACUCCGACAAAUUCCAUGGGUUCACCUAGUUCGACGCUAUCUCAGAACACCGAAUUGGCUCCUACUGCUACUAUUGUUCUUUCUGUAGAGGAUCCAGACUUGAAUCAAGCAUUGUCUCAAGGAAUCUCAAACGACAAGAACAAUGAAGAUUCUACUUCAACAAUGCAAAUAUCUACUGUAGAGUGUGAUUCCCAGUUAACAUCUGAACCAGAUCAAACAGGUUCAAAGGUCAGAGAUCCAUUGGCAAUAUUGUAUGACAAAAAGAAUGAUGAAAGUGAUGCAGAAACCAGUGAUAAUGAAAAUAUAAGGGAUGCAGCUCCUAUCUAUGACUCUGACUCCAGCAGUGAGCAAUCAGACAGUGAACUACCUACAGAUGUGAAUAUGAUCUUGAAAGAAACUUCUAACAUUAAUGCAUCUUCCAAGGGUCCAAUGCUGACUACUAUUCAGAGACUUGCUGCUCAGCUUCAGGCUACAAAGCCAAUUGAAGCAUGCAAAGAUGAGAGUUCCUCUAAACCUGAAGAACUUAAAAGAGCGUUUCCAUUUGGUUCUAUUCCAAAACCACCGGAUGUCGUUCCUAUAGCUAGUAUUAAGAGAUUCGUUGGACAAAUGGAAAAUAGAUUCCAUGAAAUAUCCCAAGAAACGAGUGACGACAGUAAUACACCUAAGAAUUUCAUCAGGCUGAGGCGGCUGAGUGGAGACAAGUUGUCAGUGCCUGUACAGCCUUUUGGUGUUCAGGAAGAUACGACACAAUCGAAGAACAACGCAAAUCAACCUAACAGUCCUGAGAAGAUGAAGUCUGUAUUAAAAUCGGAUGCAGAUGAAGAGUGUUCUUUCUUAAAGAUCGAAAAUGUAGUUAGUCUUGCGCCAAGAAGCGACAAUGAUGGCACUGAAAGCCCCAUUAUAAAUGAUAUAAGAAAAGCAGUUGAAACGUCCCCCACAAAGAGUAAGGCUGUGUCUUUGUUAAAGAAAAAACCCCAUUCUCCUCUUAUUUUAAAGAGGCUCAGCUCUGUGACCCUAACACAACCACUUGCAAAGAACUUACAAUCAGGACAGGCAACACCAGAAACAGUCAAACUGAUUCCAGUGAAAAGUCUAUCUCCUGUCCCAGUUUCUAUGACCGCCACACAACGUACCACUAAUUUUAUCCCAAUCGCUCCAAAAUCAAAGAUUAUUCAAGUGGACAACAAAUUAUCUCUGCCUCUUUCCACGAACAAAAGCACUGUCGUGACUUCAGGAAACUCGCGAACCGUGACUGUGUCUGCUUCGCCACAAUCGUCAAAUCUGAAUUACAAAAUCGUGAAAGUGGUUCGUACGCCACCUGCUCUAAAACCCAAAGACGCCGUAUCUCCACCUGCAGCUGCUAAAUUGAAAUCAGCGGGUGCUUACAACGCGAUGCUAAAGCCGGCCAAAUUGAUUCAUUUAUACAAAUGUAUGGGUCGUGAUUGUCGUUUCACGAGCGACGUAUUGACGCAGUAUCAUCAGCAUUAUAUUCAACAUACGAGCGAGGCAGAGAAGCAGAAGUUAUCGCCGCCAUUCGAUUAUCAGAAGUGUGCCUAUUGUUACAUGGUGCUGGAAGAUUGGAAUCAAAUGAAAAUUCACAUAGAAGAGAAACACUCACACUGUCGUUAUCAAUGUAUUUCUUGCUUCUAUAGAGCCAGUGUGCCUUCUUAUGUAUACAUACAUCAGACGGCGACUCAUCCUGGUCAUCAUGGUAUUUUGCUUGGGAAAUUGGUGAAGGAAGUACCACUGAAAGAGGAAGUCAAUAGACACGAUAAUAUACAUCCUUAUGUGUGUCAACACGAUUGCGGCAAGUUUUUUUAUGUUCCUGAGUCUUUCGUGGCACACUUAAAAAGUAAGCAUAGGUCGCUUCUUUCCACUUAUAAGUGCCACGUGUGUCGUGGUACGUGCAUUAAAGUGGAACAAUUGCUCACGGUAAAUAAUAUUUUAAUUUAUUAUCUAAACGGUUCAGACAGUUUCAGCGAUAUGCACAGCCAUUUGAGCAUGUUCCAUUGCAACAGAUUACCGCAGGUUCUCGAACGAUCUCUUCCUCCUCAGCCAGUACGUGCUAAAGACGUCAUAGAUCAGCUGGUUGUAAGAACACUGGACGAUACUUUUAAAAUCACGGAAGAAGUGAUUGACGUAGAAAACGAUGGAAAAGACAGUAACAAAGAUAUUGUAAUAGACGUCAUCAACGCGUCUCAGUCACAUAAGGUACUCUAUCCACAAUUUUCCAAAGAUGUGACCAUGCUGAGCAAAGAUGAAAACGAGGCUUUAAAUAAGUCCUUGUCUAGCUUGUUCGGAACCAGUAGCACCUCGAGCAGUUCUAUCAACGCCAAUGUUUUACAGCAACAGGAAAAAUCGUUGAAUGAAAGUUGCGACGAUAAUGCAACCAACAAAACGUUGGCAAAUGUGAACGAUUCCAUUUCCAUCACUUCUAUAUUGAACAAGGAUUCCCCAGAUACAAGUUUUUUGGACAAAUCCAAGCGGGCCAGUGUUAUAUCCGACAAGAGUUCCGUUGAUGUAGUUGAACCUUCCAAAGAAACUUUCGAUUGCAGCGACGAGUUCGUGAGCAUCAAUCUGUUGGACAAUCCUGAUUUUUUGAAGAAAGUUAGCAACUGUGAUUCGUCCCUUCUCAACAACUCCACUGCAAACGAAAGUAAAAUGGAAGACAGUGAUAUCGAGAUCGUGGAUAUUGAAGAAACAGAGGCUAUCAUUCCAACGAAGAAUAUAAAAGCGGAGGUGUCUAGGAAAGAUAGCGUUGAUUCCACUGAGAAACCAAAAGUGGAGCAAAAAGAAGAUACAAAAGAACAGCAAUCUUCCAGUAUUGAUGUUGAAGAUUCCAGUACAGCCACUGACACCAAAGAAAGUGUCAGUAGCACCAACACAAAACCGGACAAACCCUUGACAUUGGAGGACAUCAAAGAUACCGGUUUUUCAGGAACGAAGUUAUACAAAUGUGGUUAUGAGACGUGCACACAUGGCGCUCAAACUGCAACUCUUUUGAGAGUCCAUGUAAAAGAUUGUCCAUUGCGGGGUGACAAUGAGACUUUAGUUUGCGUUCAUUGUGGCAAACGUUUUAUGAAAAUUGGAUUCUUAUUAGAACACUUAAAGUCGCAUGGAUUGAAACGUUUCGGUUGUUCAUUGUGCAAAAUGAGAUGCACGGUGGGCUAUCAAGCGAUGGCGCACAUGAAAGCGAAACAUAAAUAUUCGUACAGUAAAUUAGUACCAGCUGAUCCGAAGAAUCCAUCCGUUGAUGGUUUGUUUGUCGUACAACCUGUCCGUCAAAAUGGUGAACGUAAAGGGAAGAAACGUAAAACGAAUACGAAGACGACAGAGAAAGAGGGUGAAAAGGUAACAGAUUCUGAGAAAUUCACCUUUAGUCCUGAUGAAAUAGACUCUUUGCCACGUCAGGCGAUUUACAAUCGCGAGGUGCAAUGUGCAGUGUGUCCAUACACGACGAAAGUUCGCAUGAAUAUAAUCAGACACUUGCAACUACACGCAAAAGACGAGAGCGUGCCAGAAAGUGGUCCAGUUAAUCCUGUGCCUUGCUUAGACAAGAAGGAACGUAUGUUCGACAAGAUGGUGAAUUUGGCGAGUAGCUCUCAUCAAAAUGGCCGAAUGGGUGCCAAACCAAAGGAGAUCAAUAAAGACAACGACGAUGAAUUCAUACCAAAAUUCGUGCCAGAGCAUCAGAGAUACGUGUGCGGUGUAGCUGAGUGCAAUUAUUUAACAGUCGAUGAGGCGAUGUUAAGGUGCCACUUAAAGGCUUUGCACUCCGAGGAACAAUAUUUCCGAUGCCCCCAUUGCCCCCAACCGUCUCCAGGCCAAGAAGGAUUGAAUAUAGCGAUCGAUAAAAUGGCUGUUCAUUUGAAAAUGCACGACACCAGACUUUAUAAGUGUUCUCACUGCAAUCACCAUCAUUACCAUAGGCAUGUCGUGGAAAGACACCUCACUGACAAGCAUCCAGAGAAAAGGCCUUUCGUCAAAGUGAUCAGAGAAUUAGAGAACACUGAGAACAAUCAACAAUCCGUGCAAGAAGAACUCGAUGAAGAGGCACCUGAUCCAGAUGGAAAUCAUUGGAAAUGUAACAUCUGCGAUUACAAGUGUGUGUACAAGGCGGAAAUGGUUAAUCAUACAAGUGUAACGCACGAUGAGAAAUGCCAGUACAAGUGUUCUUUGUGCUCUUUUAAGACCAGUGGCAAGAUCAUGUUCGAACAACAUAUCAACAGCAAACAUCCUAAUGAUCCAAAUGUUGAUUACACUUUGACCUAUCAGAGAAUAAAAGGUAUAAAUAAAAAGAGCACGGACAGUGUGGAACAGACUGGACAGGAGGAGCCUUUUGAUACUACUCCUUUGUGGAGGAGAGAUAUGCCCCGAAUUAGACACAUUCGUGGAAUUCUUCUUGAGGAAGAGGAUGAAGUGUCAAUGGAGUCCUCUUUGAGGCCAGGAAAACGAAAAAGCGAUGCAGAAUUGCCUGCUAUUAAACCAGCUAAGAUAAAAGCAGGAAGAUCAUUGGACGAAACGAAGCAAACGAAAGAAAAGUUUAAGCGAUCUUUAACCAGCGAUAAAAUAUUGACGGAAAUAGAAAGUGUAAGUGACACUCCGAGUACGGCCGAUAAACCCAAAGAGACUAAGGCUAAACCAGUUGAGGAUUUGGACUUAGAGUCGGACGUUGGAAGGUUUGGUCCUUACGGGAUUGCGGAUGGUAACAUGUACGUUUGUACCUUGUGCACGCAAUUUAAGACGAAAUAUAAGCACGACAUGAGGGAUCAUCUUUACAGAGAAUUAAAUUAUGCUAGAUGGCAUUGUAAAGAAUGUGGUUACCUGUCUGUAAAUCGUAAUGCCUUAUUGAAACACUUUAACAAACAUCAUAAUGGAGAACGUUUCAACCACGAACCAUUAACUCCUGAUGAUGAUAUCGAGGAAUGGGUUGGUACAUUGUUGAAGAGACAAACGCUCAUGAUAAAAGGAUUAUUGGCCAAACAGAAUGCAGAAAAUUCUGCGUCCGGAAAUGCGUCUACAAGUGAUUCUAAACAAUCCACUGCAAAAACUACAAGUGAUUCUAAACAAUCCACUGCAAAAACUACAAGUGAUUCUAAACAAUCUACUGCAAAAACUACAAGUGAUUCUAAACAAUCUACUUUAAAAACUACAAAUGAUUGUAAACAAUCUACUGCAAAAACUACAAGUGAUUCUAAACAACUUCUUGCAAAAACUACAAGUGAUUCUAAACAACCUUUUGUAAAAGCUACAAGUGAUUGUAAACAAUCUACUGCAAAAACCACAAGUGAUUCUAAAGCACCUUCUGCAAAAACUACAAGUGAUUCUAAAGUACCUUCUGCAAAAACCACAAGUGAUUCCAAACCUCCUCCUACAAAGUCCACAAGUGAUUCUAAAUCAGCCCCUAGUAAAGCUACUCAGAGUACUGUUACCAAAACUCCAAAACCUACAAGCGUUCCUGACAAACCUCCCGGAGUGCAAGAUGAUAAAAAUCAGAGUACUGAAAUUAACUUGGAAGCGUCAGACGAAACCAACAAAGAUAAUAAGCUUGCCAUUCUCGAUAUGAAGAAUGAGAAGGCAUCCAAGAAAGAGAAAACUGCAAAGGCUGCAGAUUCUGAUAAGGCUGGACCCGAAGAGGAACAAGACAAGCCAUUCGUCUGCAAACAUUGCAAGAUGACGUUCACCCGAUGGCGCGGUUUCAAAUUGCACGUACAAUUGACACAUCUGAAACGUCUUGGAUACAUCUGUCCAUACUGCGACCGUAGCACCAAUUCUGAGACUCUAAUGCGUCAACACAUGCGUUCUAAACAUCCUGAUUGUCCGGAAAAAAUAGUUCAAAAUCCAGCAGCUGGUGGGCCAGAGUUACCAGAUGAAUUUUGGCAAGAAGAGUACGGAGUUGUGUUUCCAAAGAGGUCUAAGAAACGCAAGAGAAAGAUAAGUGGUGAAGAAGUCUCAGAGAGUGACAACAAUCAUUCCCAAAUGGAACAACAAGAGAAGUGCACAAUGUGCGGUUUCAGCGCUUUAAGUUUGACCGGUUUAAAGAUACACAUGAGAAUACACGCGCCAAAAGUUAUAAUGAAAUGUUCAUAUUGCACUUUUACUGCAUCGACGAAAACGGAUAUCAAAGAGCACUGGGAGCACAAUCAUCCAUUCUCGCCAUUUAAAUUCGAAGAGAUACCAACAGCUGAAUCGUCUGGUGAAUCCAUAAGUACCCCAGUCGAUAAGAAAACUGUCACUGAUGAUUACAGCGACGAUAUAGAGGAAGAACACGUUCCAGAGGUUAGGAACGAGGAAUCGAUUUACUAUUGUUAUUAUUGCUCGUUCCGCAGCAAGGCACUGGACUCAGUUCAGAGUCAUUGGAACAUUGCGCACAAUGACACAGAAUUGAUGAACGAAUCUGCGAGUAAUAUGGUAGCGAAUUGUCCAUUUAGAUACAAGGAAGUACGCGUGUCGUCAGAUAAAAGGCUCAUGAAGGCACACUGCUCGAAAACAUCACCAACGGAAAGCCCAUACGAGCUGUAUUUACAGCAGUCACAAAACGAUGUACAGGAGUUAGAGACAAUGGGAUCAAACCAAGAAGGUUGGAUCUGUCAGUGGUGUAACGAAGCGUGUGAUUCCGAAGUCAAAAUGAAAACGCAUCACAGCAUGUUCCACUCGCACCUACCGUUGAACUUUAAAAAGCAAGACAAGAAAAUAAUGACCAGGGGAUACGUAUGUCCAGAGUGCCCCUUCACCACGACUUUUAUCAACGUUAUGAAGAAUCACGUGUCAAGGCACAUAAACCUCUUCAAAUGUAAAUACUGCGAGAAAACAUUCAGCUCUCCGUCGCAAGUGUCCACUCAUAAUGUUGAAGAGCACCCUAACCUAGAAUUGAAGAUAGAAAGCAUAAAGAACUACGAAUCGUUAGUGGAGAAAAUUAUGACAAAAGUAAAAUGGUUGAAGCCUGGUGCACAGAGCACUGAUAAAGAUGAAAUCAUAAUUGAUUCACCAUCGAAGAAUUACGCGGUAGCUAAAAAGUCCACGGCUAAAAGUACCAUUCGUCCAAAUCUUAUUCCCUUCAAGAUAAAGGCUGUAGCUAGAAAAUCUACGAAUCCACAUUCGAGAUAUUUGAUUAAUAAUAAAGCGAACGAGAAAGAAAUGACAAAGAGCAAACAGUUUUCCUAUUAUGGCAUCCCCAGCAGUCCUGUCAACUUAGCCAAGUUGAAUACGUACAUGGUAGUCGGUGGCCAUAGAAUGAAGGUGAACUGCGUCACGCUUGCACAGUUGAUUAACAUCAAUCCGAAGGUAGUGUUGAAGGAUCUGAAACACGAUAUCAAGAACAUCGCAACGCUUAAAAAGUUGAAAUAA